AUGGCGCUAGAUUUUCGCACUAAAAUUUGACAGUUUUUGGGUUUCGGUUGUUUCGUUUAAAUAAUUUCUUAAAUUUUUAUGUUUAAAAAAAGAAAUUAUUCUAAAAACAUUACUUUAACAUACCAUCGAAUAGAACAUUACCAACAAUGACGAGAGCUAAUAUAGAGUUGGGAAAUGUUACUCCACACAACAUUAAACAGCUUAAAAAACUAAACAGUGUAGUUUUUCCCGUCUCGUAUAACGACAAAUUCUAUAAAGAUGUUUUGGAAGCGGGAGAGUUAGCCAAACUAGCCUAUUACAAUGAUAUAGUUGUUGGAGCAGUUUGUUGUCGAAUAGAUACUUCGGAGAAGUCUAGACGGCUAUAUAUUAUGACCCUUGGAUGUUUAUACCCUUAUCGUAGACUGGGUAUAGGGACUUUAAUGGUACAACAUGUCUUAAAUUAUGUAGAACAAGAUGGGAAUUUUGAUAGUAUAUUUUUGCAUGUUCAAGUUAACAAUGAAGGAGCGAUUGAUUUCUACAAAAAGUUUGGAUUUGAGAUAGUCGAAACCAGACCGCUUUAUUACAAGAGAAUAGAACCCGCACAUGCUCACGUACUUCAAAAGACAAUUAGGAAUAAAGGACAACCGAAUGGGAGUGUGGAAUGAGAUUUUCAACUUAGCGAAGAAGAGUUGUAUAUGUAAUUUUUUAUGAUUUUCUUUUAACUCAUUUUGGAAUCCAAAAUACAGUGGUCUAUUUAUUUGAUGUUAACCAGUUUAUACAAUAUUUUUUGUUGUGAUCUACAGGAAUAAUGAAUAAAUUGUUUUUUCAUA